CAAUAACAACAAUCGCGAGGAGAGCAUAAAAGUCGGCAACAUCGACGGCACGAGCAGCACGACAGAAGCGGAAUAGACAAAGCGACAGACGACUGCGAAACAGCGACUCGACUCCACCCGACUCCACCCACACCCCAUCCCUCACACCCCCCCUCCCCCACCAUGUCCGGAAAAGCAGCAGUCACACAAAUCGUCAAGCUCGUCGUGCCGGCCGGCAAGGCGACGCCGUCGCCUCCUGUUGGACCUGCGCUUGGUGCGCGUGCGGUCAAGGCUAUCGACUUUUGCAAGGAGUUCAACGCCCGCACAGCGCACUUCAAGCCCGAAGUCCCCCUCCCGACGCUGAUCACGAUCAACCCCGACCGCACCUUCUCCUUCACGUUCCGCACCCCGCCCGUGUCGUACCUCCUCAAGAAGGCGGCCAAGAUCGACAAGGGCGCCGAGACGCACAAGGAGAAGGUCGGCACCGUGUCCCUCAAGCAUGUGUACGAGAUCGCCAAGGUCAAGUGCCACGACGAGGUGCUCAAGGACCUUGGGCUGGAGCGCGUGGCCAAGAGCGUGGUUGGCAGCGCGCGGAGCUUGGGGAUCGAGGUUGUGCCUUAGUUGAGGGGGGAUGUAGCAUUGCAUUGUGCGG